AUGCACUCUAUUCAAAUGGGAUGUUGUUUGAAGGAAGGUAUUGACGCGCACACCUCUGUGUGUAUCUUCUCAAUUGAAAUCUCCAUUAAAGAGUGAGCUUGUGCUUCCUCCGUUGAAGCAGCCACUGAGGGAUUUAGGGAAGAUUAAAAUCUGAGAGUCAUCUCUUGCUAUGGAAGAUCAUAAUGCUGCCUCAAACCCAACCUCAAUGUGUGACCAAUCUGUUGAUCCGGCGCUUCAGAAGAAGCGUCAAGCAAUGAUUGAUCGCCUUUCUAACCGCCACCAAGCUCGUGUCCGGAGCAAAGAGUCGGAUUCGUCUCCAUCAUUCGAGUCCACUGAUUCAUUUCUUGCUCAGUUUUCUGACCUCCAGCAAUCAAUUGUGUCUGAGAUUGACAAAAUUGAACAAGCCCCUGAGUCUUUUGCCGAAGGGGACCUUGAUAAUGUCUCUGCUUUAAUCAAUGAUAUUGAGAAGUUGCUUGCAGAAAAUACCUACCAUUUGCCUUCCUAUGACGUUCGUGCCUCUCUCAAGACUAUCUCUGACUUGAGAGAGUCACUUGAUAAGGUGGCAGUAAAACUGGUUCCGAAGAAGAAGUUUUCUUUCAAAACCAAAGUUGCAAAGCAGAAUCAAAAGGCCAUUGUUGAGGAACAACCUGAAGUGGUAGCUUCUGGUGACAAAUCUUGUAUUGUGUUUGAUACUCCGGGGUUUAAGAACAGGGAAAAAGAGGUUCUGGUGGAAAAUUUGAAGGGGAAGGACAUGGGGGAGUUUACAUUGUCAGACCUUGAUUCUUGUGAGGCGAGGAUUAUAGGUAGGCCAAGGGCAAUAUUCAUCCAUCGGUUAAGGAAUUGCAAGGUUUAUGCAGGGCCUGCUCUGGGUUCAGUACUGAUAGAUGAUGUUGAAGGGUGUGUUUUCGUAUUGGCAUCGCAUCAGAUAAGGAUUCAUAAUGCUAGAAAAUGUGACUUUUACUUGAGGGUUCGGAGUCAUCCCAUUAUUGAGGAUAGUAGUGAGGUGAGAUUUGCUCCCUAUUGUUUGCAAUACGAUGGGAUUGAGGAAGAUUUAAGGGAGUCAAGACUUGAUGAGGAGACUGGGAGUUGGGCAAAUGUUGAUGAUUUUAAGUGGUUACGUGCUGUGCAGUCCCCUAAUUGGUCCAUCCUUCCGGAAGAUGAACGAAUUAGCUCAUUUCAUGUAUCAAUUUCCGAUAGCUGAUGUGCACUGUGCAGAAUGGUCCUGUUGUUAUUUACUUCAAGUAUGUUCAAUACUUUGAUUUUGUAGCAUUAAUGUUAUUUCAAACCAAAAUAUUGUAUGGCUUUUCAUAAUGUUAUAAAAUUAGCUUGACAUGUUUCCAUGAAUACAUGAUGUCUACUUUUGGUCAUC